UUGGAGCCUUGGAGUUGGAGGUAAGGUAACCCGUCCAUCCCCACCCACGCGCAGCCGUCGCCAAAACCAUCAAAUCCGCCGGGGGCACAGAUCGGAGAGGAAGAAGAAGAGGAAGGAGAAGAUGGUGCGGGUGGCGACCUUCUUCGGGAUGACCUUCGGCGCGUUCCUCUUCUGGGAGUCCAUGGACAAGGUGCACGUCUGGAUCGCCCUCCACCAGGACGAGAAGCAAGAAAGGAUGGAAAGGGAGCUGGAGAUAAAGAAGAUGCAAGCAGAGCUAAUUGCUCAAGCAAAAGAGAGUGAAUCAUGAUCAGUCUUUUGGCCCAAUGGUUUCAACUAGCUGCUUUGUCAUGUUUUUAUUUUCCAAGUGAUAAGGCUUGGUUGAUGUAUGCUUGACGCCUCCAAUAAAUUAAGAUGUUAUAACUUGAUUGAAUGCAAGAGGCUAUGCUCAUGUUGAAUCAUGUUCAGUUUAUAAAACAGCGCAACCCAGCUUCAUUGCCUUGGUUA